ACAGAAUGGAGAAAUGAGGAAGUGGGUUGUUGUUGUGGUUAGCUAGCUAGCUAGCUGCUGAGGCUACAACAAUUUAUCCACCAGUGUGUUAACUUACGACUAAUUUCAAGGUUUAGUCAGGUAUCGUUGUUUUUAUACUUGUUUAAAUGUUUAAAUGUUAUGUUCAUUUGUACGGAAUGUUUGAUAAAUGUAACGCUAGCUAGCUGACAGAGUUUUCUAGCAUAGACAGAUGGUUACUCUAGUUGUCAAUACAUUGUAUUCUAGCUAGCUACAACAUAUAGCUACUUCUACAUUUGUGAUUCUACAAAAGGUACUGGAGACGAUGGAAAAACCUUUCUCCUAGCUAGCUACUAUCGCUUUAGUUUAGAGAUUUCUCCUCAGAGCCUUUCUGUGGUUAUCAGUUGUGGAUCUUCUCUUCAAGGCAAGGUGAGGGUGUAGUUAGUUGUUGACAGGGGUCACAUGAAUGUACUGCACCAGGAGGUCAAAGGACUGGGGUGGAAGGUUGAGGAGCGUGAACUGGCUGAGGGAAAGAAUUGUGGAGAUGGAGGUGUCAGGCUACCAGUCCAAGCUGCUGUGUGAGCUCAAUGAGCAGCGGAAGAGAGACUUCUUCUGUGACUGCAGUAUAGUCGUGGAGGGGCGGGUCUUCAAGGCCCAUCGCAACGUCCUAUUCGCCGGCAGCGGCUACUUCCGAGCCCUAUUGGUCCACUACCUACAGGACAGUGGUCAGCACCACAGUACAGCCUCUCUGGACAUCGUGACGGCCGAGGCCUUCUCCUCCAUCCUGGACUUCCUGUACUCGGGCCGACUGGACCUGCGCAGCGACAACGUCAUCGAGGUGAUGUCAGCGGCCAGCUACCUCCAGAUGACUGACGUGGUGUCCUUCUGUAAAGGCUACAUCCGCUCCUCUCUGGAGAUCUGUAACAGGGAGAAAGAGAGAAACAAAGGGAAGGAGAGAGACGGUCCGGCUGACAGUGGAACCCCAGCCAUGCCACCUCCCUCUUCCACCGUCUCUGUAGCUGUUCCUUCGUUGUCACUAGAGGGAGUUACUCAUGUACGUUCAGAAUCCUCCCCUUCCACUGUCACAGACCCCCCAUCCUCGGCAGCAGCCCUCCCCAGGGUCCCCACGCCCCCCGGCCCUAGCAGAGACUCUGAGAGCGACUGCAGCUCCAGAGGGGAGUUCCCAUCUCAUAUUAUUGGGGGCCGGACCCCCCACGGACACGGGGACCAUGUGAUGAACCCUCUUUCCUCUGGGUUGACCCUAGAACUGGUACGCCCCAAGAUCGAGUACGACCCCGAUGACGAGCCCGAGGAGGGGUCUCCCGAUACCAAAGACCUGACGUUGUUUAUGGGACCCCCCCUCCACACCCACCACCCAGACCACCUCCAUGACAGGCUGGCGUCCUCCAGCCCUUCCCCCAGCAGCGAGCGCUCCUCCCUGGGCUUCGGGGGCUGCCACGCCAGGCAGUUCAUGGAUGUGCUGUUGAGAGGCGGCUCCAGCCCCCACAGGGACAGAGGGGAGCAGGGCCAGAUGUUUGCCCAGGGAUUGGGCCUCUGGGGUGGGGGAGGCAGGGUGGAUGAGGGUCUGGGGAUGGGUGGGUCCUCUAUCAUGGAGAUACAGAGCGACUGGUACGGAGAGGACACAGGUGAUGGCUUGGUGGUGCCGGUGAAGCUCCACAAGUGUCCGUUCUGCCCGUACACCGCCAAGCAGAAGGGCAUCCUGAAGAGACACAUCCGCUGUCACACUGGAGAGAGACCCUUCCCCUGUGAGACGUGUGGCAAGAGGUUCACAAGGCAGGAACACCUCCGCAGUCACUCACUCAGCGUGCACCGUUCCAGUUGGCCCGUGGUUUGUAAGGGGUGCAGACGAAGCUUCACUGGAGCCCUGUCCCACGGACUGAAACGCUUUGGCCUGUGUGACAACUGUACCUGUGUUACGACCACGGGCCACGACGACUCACCUCCCGCCCACAUCAACCUCGACGGCCAACCAGAGGCCAUGGAACGCGGGGACGGAGACAGUGAUUGGCCCAGGUUCAGGGAUGAUGCUGAUGACAUGGAGGCCGGGGGAGGGAUUAUAGAGGACCUGGGGGAGAAGGGGAAACCACAAGGACGACUGUCAGAGAUCCCAUCCACAGUGGACAUGAAGGAGAGGAGACAAGGAAAGGAAGAAUUUAACUUUCAGACACAGUUUUAGUCCAAUCUUGCAGUCUUCCUCCCCCAGUGGUUUAAUUAGGGGAACAAUCCAAGACUGAGACAGAGGUCCAUGUUAACUUUGUCUUGGCUACUAUUUUCUACCAAAAUAACUGUGGAACAGAAUCAGAACUGCAUGACCAUAAGAGGACUGGGUUUUCCCUAGGAGAAAGGCAUUGUGUUGUCCCUAGGAGAAAGACGUUGUGUUGUACCUAGGAGAAAGACAUUGUGUUGUCCCUAGGAGAAAGACGUUGCGUUGUCCCUAGGAGAAAGACGUUGCGUUGUCCCUAGGAGAAAGACGUUGCGUUGUCCCUAGGAGAAAGACAUUGUGUUGUCCCUAGGAGAAAGACAUUGUGUUGUCCCUAGGAGAAAGACAUUGUGUUGUCCCUAGGAGAAAGACAUUGUGUUGUCCCUAGGAGAAAGACGUUGUGUUGUCCCUAGGAGAAAGACGUUGUGUUGUCCCUAGGAGAAAGACAUUGUGUUGUCCCUAGGAGAAAGACAUUGUGUUGUCCCUAGGAGAAAGACAUUGUGUUGUCCCUAGGAGAAAGACAUUGUGUUGUCCCUAGGAGAAAGACAUUGUGUUGUCCCUAGGAGAAAGACAUUGUGUUGUCCCUAGGAGAAAGACAUUGUGUUGUCCCUAGGAGAAAGACAUUGUGUUGUCCCUAGGAGAAAGACAUUGUGUUGUCCCUAGGAGAAAGACAUUGCGUUGUCCCUAGGAGAAAGACGUUGCGUUGUCCCUAUGAGAAAGACGUUGUGUUGUCCCUAUGAGAAAGACGUUGUGUUGUCCCUAGGAGAAAGACGUUGUGUUGUCCCUAGGAGAAAGACGUUGUGUUGUCCCUAGGAGAAAGACGUUGUGUUGUCCCUAGGAGAAAGACGUUGUGUUGUCCCUAGGAGAAAGACGUCUCUUUGACUUGGUCUUGGUGGCACAAUGCAUCAGGUGAUGAUACGCCAUAGCAGUCUGUUCUCCAUGGAAACAGCAGGUGUCUUGUCCUCAACAGCCUCAUCAACUCCAUGUGUCGCGCUGCAUGAGGCAAAAGGUGGUCACUCUAGGUGGGAGUGACCACUCCAGGUGGGAGUGACCACUCUAGGUGGGCGUGACCACUCUAGGUGGGCGUGACCACUCUAGGUGGGAGUGACCACACUCUAGGUGGGAGUGACCACACUCUAGGUGGGAGUGACCACACUCUAGGUGGGAGGGACCACACUCUAGGUGGGAGUGACCACUCUAGGUGGGAGUGACCACACUCCAGGUGGGAGUGACCACUCUAGGUGGGAGUGACCACUCUAGGUGGGAGUGACCACUCUAGGUGGGAGUGACCACUCUAGGUGGGAAUGACCACUCUAGGUGGGAGUGACCACACUCCAGGUGGGAGUGACCACUCUAGGUGGGAGUGACCACUCUAGGUGGGAGUGACCACUCUAGGUGGGAGUGACCACUCUAGGUGGGAGUGACCACUCUAGGUGGGAGUGACCACUACAUUGUUUUAUUUGUUAAAGGUAUCUGUGACCAACAGACGCAUAUCUUAAAUUCCCAGUCAUGUGAAAAUCCAUACAUUAGGACCAGAUUGAUUUAAAUUGACUGAGUUCCUUAUAUGCACUGUAACUCAGUAAAUUGUUGCAUGUUUUGUUUAUAUUUUUGUUCAGUGUAUAUUUCCGGAUGUUGUGUAUCUCUGGAAAUAAUCAGAAUUCAUGUCAAUUCAAGGAAAGUUAAAAAAAAAAAUUAAAAAAUAAAAUAAAAACAGACUUUGUCCAAAAAUGUAGUUCUCUUGUCAUAGUUUAUUCCGGGGUAAAUUGAGCGGCUGGACAGAGUGAAUUGAUCCAUCUACAUAUUUCUGUACUGAAUUAAAUAUUUACCACAACCUUU